AUGAGAAAUAUUUUAUUUCCCAUUUUCUUAACUUUAUUGUUCGCAAAAUUAUAUCACCAAGCGUCUCCAUCGAUAAAACUGAUCGUUGAGAAAAUUGAUGUCAAUUACAAUGCCUCCAUUGUCGAUUGGAAUCACGUUUUGAAUUUAUUGCCUAAUGACACUUGCUAUUUUAGUGCUAAUGUCACUUUUCUAUCUAAAUUGGACACGUUCUUCUUUCUUUAUUCAAUAAGUUUAAUGAAGGGAAAAGGAAAGUACGAAACCUUCUUCAAAAACGGCCCCACCAACAUCUGCAGUUCCUUCAAAAAUCUUAAAGGGAAUGCAAUUGUUCGCACAAUUCUCAACAGUAAGAACUUCAGUAAAAAGAAAUUUCCAACUUCUUGUCCUAUUGAACCAGGAUUUUUCUACAUUGAAGACUUUAAAAUUGAUGAAAAGCUUCUUUCAUUCAAUAAUUUCGAAGCAAAAUUCAUUGUUAAAAUUGAAUUGAGCAAAAAAGUUGGUACGGCACUUGUGAAUUUUAUUAAUUUGAAGGUGUAUGCUGAAUUAAAAGAUCUUGAAAAAUGGGAAAAAGAGAACAAGGAGAAACUAGCAAAACUCAAUAAAACUAUGGAAAAUUAG